AUGCAAAAAGGGGCGGGGUUUGUUUUCAAACCGCAAGUGGAAAAGCAGCUGAAAAUGGCGGCGGCGGGGUGCGCCGGGUCUGUCAGCGGACUGGGACAGCAGCCUAAAGCGAGGCCUGGGGCCGUUUCUAAUCACCGUCGUGUGCGCUGUCUUACUCUGGAAGAAGCUCGGUGUCCGGUUUGCUUGGAGAUACUACUGGAGCCCGUGACUAUGCCGUGUAGACACUCGGUUUGCCUCCACUGUUUUAAGCGGACGGUGGAGUGUAGCGGGCUGUGCUGCCCGUCGUGCCGGCUGCGUGUGUCCAGCUGGGCCCGAAAUAAACAGUCCCGAGAGAAAAGCCUGGUCAACACCGAGCUCUGGGACAUGGUGCGCCAAAGUUAUCCGGAAAGAUGCGGCCGUAGACUGGAGCAGAGGGACCGAGUGAUGGCUUCGGAAGAUGUUUUCUGUUCGCCUAUACAGAUAUGUAAGCCUGGAGAAAUGCAACAUGAGUAUGAUAAACAAAAGAACAAGAUGAUGGAUGAUGAAACUGAAGAGAGAAUGAAGAAAUUACCCUGCCGUAAGAAAGGGGAAUGUGGACUGCAACAAUCUCAAGAUACUUCUUUAGGAGUGCUGUCAGACUCUGAGAAUGAAGAACCUAUGAGAAUGAAAACCAGGCAUGCAUCAGCAUUUGUGCGCAGAUCAAGGUUUUCACCAGCUUUAUGCAGAAGUCUGUACAACAUCAAUGUACAAAGGAGCCAAAGCUGUACUGACUCUGAGGAAGGAAGAAGAAAAGUCAGAGCUCAAUCACACCUUUCUUUAUCAGAAAAAGCCAGUAUUUGUCAUAGUUUCAAUGCAGGGAUACUCCUAUCCUCUGAGAACAGUCGUUCCUUCUCAGCACCAGUUCUUCCCCUUAACAAGAGGCAUCACUGGCGUUCCAUCUUGGCCUCUCCUCCUUCCUCUUUAGUGCCUCACACUAAACCUGAGCGGUCCGUCAGCCCAGAAAGCAAUGACAGCAUCUCAGAAGAGCUGAACCACUUCAAGCCCAUAGUUUGCUCACCAUGUACACCACCGAAGAGACUCCCAGAUGGACGGUUAAUGGAACCCACCAUAGUAAAAUCCACACCAAGGAACCUGACCUACAGCCUGCAGAAAAGCACCAGCUAUGAAGCCAGUCCUAGUAUCCUGCAGAAGUGGAAGCAGGUUGAGCUAGAUCGGCAGCGUGUCAAGUUUAUGUCUAAAGGGACCAUCACCAGUCCAGUGGUGGAUGAUUACAGCAUCACACAGAACUCUGAAGAAGACCAAGAGAACAAAUCCUGUAACUGUGGUCCCUUGGAGAAAGGCUUGCAGGGUCAACAUUGCACUUGUAAUGCAAAUACAAACUUGUCUAGAAAGCAAAAGUCUUUGCUGUACAAUAAGCGGCAGUUGAUUUUUGAUCAGUGUAACAAAGAUGAUGGUUCACAGUCUACAAAUGAACAUCCUACAUUCAUGGCACUUGGUAAUUUUGAUACUCAAAAGCAGUGUGGUGAUUGUGAACCACAUUGCACACCUUCAGGACGAGUUGAAAACUUGAAAUCACCCAUAGUGGACAAACAUAUGGGAGUUAGUCAUAAUCAGGGUAUAGAGGAUCUUCAGGACUUAAGGAAUGAGCCCACUGUCAGAAGUUGUGUACUUAACAGACCUACCUCAAGAAGGGGAAAAAAGAGGAGCCAGAAGACCAAACAUUUAGAAGAGACUAAACGGAUAAAAAUGUCAAAGAUAGAAAGCUGUGAUAGCUGUGACCCACAAUAUCAACAGGAUGAUUUAUAUGUCGAACGGAUCCAUCAAGAAAGAAUGGACAGAGAACUGGCAUUAAAGCUACAAAGACAGUUUGACAAAGAAAGCCAGAAAGUAGAAAGGCAUAGGAUGAGUUCUGAUAAAUAUCCUCUACGGUCCUGGAUUUGUGUAGAUGGUAGAGCAGCUCGUAAUCCACGCAGGUCAGGAAGGAUUUCUAGGAAGAUUAAACACUUUAAUUAAAGUCUUAAAGUUAUUGACCGGGGACAAAAGCAAACCUCUAUGACCCUAUCUGUAGGACAGAGAAUGCUGAUAUCUUUUGAGUGGUCUUAGUGACUGGGACCGAUGCUUAAGCUUGUCAUUUCACUUAUUUCAUACUAUAUAUCUCAGAGAAUUGUACCAAAUAGCUCUUUUCUCAAAUGAAAAUAUUGCAGAAUCUUAUGCCCUUACUAUAUUUCUUUUUAAUUUGGCACGGUGUAAUCAACCAGAAACUCCCUGUAGGACUGUUCUUCUUUGGGCAUUAAACAUAAAUAGUACAAAAUAAUGCACUGUUUUAUGCAGUGCAUUAUUAUUAUUAUUUUUUAGAAAUGUAAUAGUUAAUGUUAAAAAGAAAAUGUUCAGUAUUAAUUGUAAAUUUCUUACUUUAACAGGCAGUUGGGUUUAUAUUAGUGCUCAGUUGCUUGAGUGUCUGCCCAAGAGCCUCUUAAAGUGCCUGUCUAAAAUUAGAUUGAUUUGGAUAGCACUAUAAAAAAAGCUUUACAUUACCCAACUCACUGCAUUUAUUCUUAAAAGGUGUUCUUGUCUUAUCUUGCUUUGAAAGAAUCUUUUCUGCUUUGUCUUUAAUUUAAUUUACAUUAUGAGUUUCCCCCAUGUCCAUUAGGUUUGGACAUUGUGUAUUUUUUCGUGUCUUUCAUGUCUGUUAGAAUCUGACAUGAUAAAUUUUAAGGUAUUGCAAAAGUUUCGGCCAGCUUAACUUUAAUGAGAAAUAUAUAUUGCACUAUAUGCUUGAAUAAGCACACACAUAUUGCAUUUAAUCAUUGUAGACUUCUAAAACGGUUAUCUUUUCUUUUUCUUUUUUUAAAUUGAAUUGAUGAGGUUUUAUUCAUAUGACAAUUUUUUCAUCUAUUUAAAUUUAUCAUCUAUUCACACUUCGCCCUUAUGUUUAUUUUAUGAAACACAUUCGAUAUUUCUGUUCAGUACUGUAUGGGCGCUAAGUAAUACUAUUAAAAGAGCUUGGGUUUUGACUGUAUAUUAAUGUGGCUACAUGCGCAGAGAGUAAUGGAUGAGGCUUCUCAUCUCACUUCUUUGAUUGUUAAAGGUGUUGGUUGUGUUUGACAUGCAUGUUUGAAUGGCAUUUGGAGAAUGUUGUUUCUGAUUUGAAAGAUGCGUGAAUGAUGGGUCCGAAUGCAAGCAUUCUUAAUUUUCUUUCAAUAAUAUUCCAAUCAUGACAUUUUAAGCCAGCGGAUUAUGUGCUUAUCAGUUCAUCUUAACACUAUUAGUCUGCAUUGCAAUGUUAAUAAAUUAGCAGUACAAUUCAGUUAAAGUUUAUGUUAAAUUUUUAUCAUGCAUAAAUUAACAAAAGUUAAAUGUUAUUGUUUCCACAAGAAAUCAUGAAAUACUGGAGUAAAUAAAUUAUAAAUACCAAAUAAAACACUAUUU